AAAAACCAACGAUCCAAACAAAGAAAAAGAAAAUAACGAAUCUUUUCUCGUUUCUCUCUCUCUCUCUCUCUCUCUCUCUCUCUAAUCUGAUCUCUGCCUUUCUCUUUCUCACAUCGGAUCAAAAACUCACAAAAUUAUGGAGAGCAGUGGGGCUGCGUGUGCUGAGAGGGCGACGAGCGAUAUGCUGAUCGGGCCUGAUUGGGCUGUGAAUAUUGAGCUCUGUGACAUUAUCAAUAUGGAUCCUGGGCAAGCAAAGGACGCCCUUAAGGUGCUUAAGAAGCGCUUAGGAAGUAAAAACCCACAAAUACAACUUCUUGCGCUCUUUGUUCUGGAGACCCUAAGUAAAAACUGUGGGGAGCAUGUUCACUUACAAAUUGUCAAAUGUGAUAUCUUGCAUGACAUGGUGAAAAUAGUGAAGAAGAAGCCAGACUUAAAUGUAAGAGAAAAGAUAUUGAUUCUCAUAGAUGCAUGGCAAGAUGCUUUUGGAGGAGCAGGAGGGAAAUAUCCGCAGUAUUAUGCUGCGUACCAAGAAUUAAGGGCUACUGGAGUGGAAUUUCCGCCCCGUACAGAAAACAGUGCACCUUUGUUUACACCUCCUCAGACUCAUCCAGUUGUUCCUCAGUCUGUUGCUUCACCAUAUGAGGAUGUCCCUUUAGAAGCUUCUCUUCAGAUUGAUGCUUCUGCUCUCAGCUUGGAGGAAAUGCAAAAUGCUCGAGGCAUAGGAGCUGUGCUAACAGAAAUGCUCAGUGCCUUAGAUCCUCAUAAUCCAGGGGGUGUAAAAGAAGAAAUUAUUGUUGACCUAGUUGAGCAGUGUCGUUCCUAUCAGAAGCGGGUCAUGGCUCUUGUCAAUAGUACUGGCGAUGAGCAACUUCUAUUUCAGGGACUGGCUCUAAAUGAUGAUUUGCAGCGUGUACUCCAGCAGCAUGAUGACAUAGUGAAGGGGACUCCUAAUGUGGUGAAGAACACUCCUACAGUAGCUGCUGCUGCUGCAACCUCAGCUGCUCCUCUUCUUAACAUGAAUCAUGAGGAUGAUGAGUCAGAAGAUGAUGAGUUCUCUCUGCUAUCUCGCAGGACUUCAAGAGAUAGCAGAACCACACAAGAUAAGAAGCCUUCUGUGCCCAAGAAUGAGCAGACAUACCGAAGUCCUUUUCUUCCUCCACCCCCAUCAUCAAAAAAUCCAGUCAAAAGAGAAGCGCCCACAUUCGACUACUUGAGUGGCGAUACCUACAACAACGAAGAAAGAAUAUUAGAUAUCCCCAAGCCACCUUCUCCACCCAAAUAUGAUGAGCCUGUUCAGACUUCUUUCCCGCCCAAAUAUGAUGAUGAGCCCAAAUUCAAAGAGCCCAUUCAAGGUCCAAAGUCGACAUCUCUUUGGGAGGCUGAGUCAUCUGGUACUUUCUUGCCACCACCUCCUGCAAAAUAUAACCAAAGGCAGCAAUUCUUCGAGCAGCAGCAAUCUCCACCAUCUGGAAACUCCUACGAUGGUUUGGUGUCACAGACACACAACUUAUCUCUGAACCAAGUUAAGACCAAACCAGAGGCUUCAACUCUAGCGGAUGACCAAUAUGCUUCGCCAAUGGCUAAGCCAGAAAAGCCCAAGGGUGACCUUUUCAAGGACUUGGUUGAUUUUGCGAAGGCAAAAUCAUCGUCUCCAUCGAAAUCACCAGGCAGUCGAAGAACAAGGUGAGAGUGGCUUGGGAGGAGGAUUCUUGGGUAGUAGUUAUUACAAAAAAAUACAAUGUGGGUGGAGUCUAUGCUUGUGGAUUCUUUUGGAUGGGUUUUAUAUGAGUCGUGUAUAUGAUUGGUAGGGAAGAAUUGUGUGUUGGGACAAGUUUUUGUUCCUUGGGUGCUAUGUAAAUUUAUUUCUUGUUGUCUGAUUAAUGGUGCACAGCUUUGUUAUACUUGAUUUGUGUUGUUUAAAUUGCGCGAGUUUCGAGA